AUGGGCCAGAAAUACUCUUUAAAUGUGGAUAUUUCUAUUGGAAUAGAUUCAUAUGAGGUAUCACAUUUAGAGUAUGAUAUUUACUGUUACUACGAUAAGAACAAAUUGGUGCGUCUAUCUGAAGAUGUUAAUCCACAAAUCGAUCCAAAAUUACAAACUCAAUUGUUUGGAUACAAAAGAUAUACUCAUGAAAAGGAUAAAGAUACAUUAUAUAACAAAUACUUACUUGGGAAAAUAAACUAUAGGAGCGAGGAGCAGACAGGAUUAACUACCAGCUCCAGGCUCCCCAGACAUGUAAGUACAGUCUAUGUAUUUUACUGGAAAAACGACCAUGACAACCUCUUCCCAUUACUCGUUGGAGUAAAGGGAAAUAAACACGUUGUUUAUAGUAGGAAGUAUGGGAGUUUUGCGAGCAAUAACUGGAAAAGUUCUGGGAUACAUGAUCCAGAUAAUCCCAGUAAUUACUACACAGAAUUGGGGAAUAUUAACACAAACUUUAAGAAUAUAAUAAUUUUGGAUUUAAAUGUUACUGAUACUAAGAAUUACUGUGCUCAUCCAUAUGUAUACCCUUGUACAGGUGCAUCCGAAUAUCGACAAGUCUUUCCGGAACUGCAUGUAGACAAAUUGGAAAACACUCCCAUACAAGGCUAUGUAAGAUUUCGUUAUUAUUUUAAAAAUAAAGAAAUGAUAAAGGUUAUCGGUUCAUGUUGGAAGAGUGAGAUAUACAGCUUCAACAACAAUGAUAUUCUCAGGGAAGAGUGGAAUGAGAUCUACGUCUACUUUCCGUCAGGAGGCAACGGAUCCCAUAAACCUCUCCUUGUAGAGCUGAUAGAUAAAAGAAACAAGAAUAAAAACACACACUAUUAUAUUUUUAACCUCGAUGGAUUCAGCAGGAUAAAUGACGUAAGUCGGAGGAACCUACUUGGAUUACUUGACAAACUAAAUUGCAAAUUUAAUAGUGCACACAUAUUCGAUAUUUCAAAAUUUUAUAGUCAUAAUUGCCCAUACUGUAACGUUUAUUUCAAGGUAAAAACAGAGGAACACACUCGUUAUACAAACUGCAGUUCAGAUAUGCAUGUUCGAAUUGGAAGGAUAAAAAGUGGUCACAUAUCCCUAACCCUAGACAGUAUAUCUUUUCCAAUCAAUACCAUGGAUAAUAUUACUGUAUUUUAUACAACUUUUGGUGGAUCAAAGGUUCCAUUUCUUAUACGCAUAAAAUAUGAAUCCAAAAAGACCUUGUGGUUUAAAAUGGCAAAUGUUGACGGUAAAUGGAGAAGGGCAGAAAAUUGUAAUGAUAUAAAAAAUGAUCCUGAAAUCAUCAAAAUCCUAGAGGAGAUGGAAGAGAUUGUAAAACUUUGCAGUAUCACUAACUCCCAUACAUCAUCUUCAGCAGGACAUCCCAACCAGAAUGUAGAACAAGAUCUACUUAAGACCAACACAGAUUCUGACGAUGAAAGUGAAAAGUAUGGAAGCGACGAAUAUCCAAACCCUUCGGAUGAAACGAUAGAGAAACCCUCAUUCGACAGUGAUAAUGCGCCACGGGAAGCCUUGUACUUUGAGGAUAAUACAAAACUUUCCAACAAAUCAAGAUUAAUUGGACUAUGUUCCGGCGUUGCUGGAUUUGUGAUUGUUGGUGGUUUGAUUGGAAUUUCAGAUCGAUUACUUGGGUCGAAACGCCUUUUUGGAAACCGACUAUCUGAGCUUGUUUAUAGACGUAAUUUGAGACAAGCAACCUAG